AUGUCUCCCAUCUUUCUCUUCUUUGCUAUCUUUCUGCUAUCAAAUCCUUCAGCAUCAACAUCCCAACGACAACUAAAUAUCUCGUCUUUCUCCUCCUCAGACUCUCCAUGGCUUCCAAGCCAAAACAUAAUCCUCCUCUCUCGCAACUCCACCUUUGCAGCCGGUUUUUACCCACUACCCAAUUCUCCAAAACAGUUCAACUUCUCAAUUUGGUAUUACAAAUUGCCAAGAAACAUCACUACCAUUGUGUGGUCUGCUAAUAAGUACGAUUCUCCAUUCUCCACCAAUGCUUCUCUUGUCAUCACUACCACUCGCGAGCUACGUUUGACCGAUUCUUCAAGCAGAUCAAACUUGUGGCCUGGUGCCCCUACUGCAACAAAUUCUAACUCAACUAGACUUGUUUUAAACGAAGACGGGAAUCUUGUUUAUGACAAGUGGGAGAGUUUUCAUUUCCCUACUGAUACUUACUUGCCUACCCAGGCUAUAAAUGGUACUGAACUUGUCUCACAAAAUGGUAAGUUCAGGUUCUUGAAUUCUUCGUUUUUGUCUUUCAAUUAUUCUGAUAAUUACUGGACCACCUCCAAUAAUGUUUUUAAACAACUAAAUAGCGAUGGGAGUGUGAAUCAGGGAAAUGAUGUUUCAAUCAUUUCUGCUGAUUAUGGGGUUUCCAGGAUGCGGAGGUUGACUCUUGACAAUGAUGGAAAUUUAAGGGUUUACAGUUAUGAUGAAAGCCUUGGCCAAUGGUUUAUUGCUUGGCAAGCACUACAAGAAUCGUGCAAAGUUCACGGGGUAUGUGGGCGUAAUGCUAUCUGCAUGAUUGAUGGCUCAAAUUCCAUGUCCUGCGUGUGCCCUCCUGGAUUCAGGCGAAGUUCUACAAGUCCAGAUGCAUGUGAAAGGAAAAUUAAGCUCACCAGCAACACCAAGUUUCUUCAGCUUGAUUAUGUCAAUUUCACUGGUGGAUCAAAUCAGACAAGUCUAAAUGUCAGAAAUCUAACAACUUGUAGAGCAAACUGCUUGGCUCAUCCUAGUUGUCUUGGUUUUAUGUUUAAGUAUGAUGGCCAAGGUUACUGUGUGCUUCAGCUUGACAGACUAUUAUAUGGGUACUGGUCUCCAGGGACUGAAGUUGCCAUGUUCUUGCGAGUGGAUAGUUCUGAAACAGAUGAAUCAAAUUUCACUGGUAUGACUCGUGUAUUGGACACCACAUGUCCUGUUCGUAUAAGCCUUCCUUUCCCUCCUGAAGAAUCCAAUGCCACAGCUAGAAAUAUUGCAAUAAUAAGUACGUUAUUUGCUGCGGAGCUGAUUGCUGGGAUUCUUUUCUUUUGGGCUUUUUUGAAGAAAUACAUCAAGUAUAGAGACAUGGCUCAGACUUUGGGCCUUGAAUUCCUGCCUGCUGGUGGACCUAAAAGGUUCACAUAUGGAGAGCUCAAAGCAGCAACAAAUGACUUCUCCAAUGCUAUAGGAAAAGGUGGGUUUGGUGAUGUUUAUAGAGGAGAGCUACCUGAUAAGCGAAUUGUUGCAGUCAAGUGCCUGAAACAUGUCACUGGAGGGGAUGCUGAGUUUUGGGCAGAGGUUACAAUCAUUGCCAGGAUGCACCAUCUCAAUUUGGUCAGGCUAUGGGGCUUUUGUGCGGAGAAAGGCCAAAGGAUUCUAGUUUAUGAGUAUGUGCCUAAUGGAUCUCUUGACAGAUACCUGUUCCCAGCGGGUCGGGUAGCAUCUUCAGGGACCGAAGCUGAGAUGGGUCCGCUGGCUAUUGACGGGCGCAAACCGAUGCUUGAUUGGGGGAUCCGAUAUAGGAUUGCACUUGGUGUAGCAAGAGCAAUUGCAUACUUACAUGAAGAGUGUUUGGAGUGGGUGUUGCAUUGUGAUAUCAAGCCGGAAAAUAUACUCUUAGGUGAUGAUUUUUGCCCAAAGAUCUCAGAUUUUGGGUUGGCCAAGUUGAGGAAAAAGAAGAUAUGGUGA